CAGCGUCGUCUCAAAACGUUGCGUAAUGGCCGUUUCCGUCUUCCGCAUUUUUUUUUUCCGCAACAACCGGGAAAGGGGCUGGCGCUCUUGAACGCUCUGUGGUACUCCUCAUUGUGCGCCUGAGGAAAACGUCGCAAGGUUCCGCCGACGUCGCUAUGAAAUGGCAGAAAGUGUUUGUGUCACCCAAGCUCAAAGAUUAGGUUACGCCGAAGCCACACAUGUAUAUUGCCGGGACCCCGGCCUGUUAGUUUGAGUGCGACCGGAGCGCCUCCCACGAAGGCUUCAAGUGUAUUUUUGUUGGGUCUCCAAAACCGCCCAGGUUUUGUCUCCGGCGGGCAGCGAACGGCAACUGCGGGUCGACACUGUUGGAAUUAUCCGGAGAGUGUUGAGCAUAAUCCUCCACUUGGAUGGUCAGUCACAGUCCAAGGCGAAACAAUGAACCGCAACAAGCGUGAAAAGGAGUACUACAGUAUAGAUGUGGGCGACUCAACUUUUAUGGUUUUAAAGCGCUACCAGAACCUCAGACCCAUUGGAUCCGGAGCACAGGGAAUUGUCUGUUCGGCUUACGACCACAACUUGGAGAGGAACGUCGCCAUCAAGAAGCUGAGCCGACCCUUUCAGAAUCAAACUCAUGCAAAACGAGCCUACAGAGAACUGGUGCUCAUGAAAUGUGUCAACCACAAGAAUAUAAUCGGUCUAUUAAAUGUAUUCACACCACAGAAGACACUGGAGGAGUUCCAAGAUGUAUAUCUCGUUAUGGAGUUGAUGGAUGCUAACCUCUGCCAGGUGAUUCAGAUGGAGCUGGACCACGAGAGGCUGUCCUACUUGCUCUACCAGAUGCUGUGUGGAAUCAAACACUUGCAUGCCGCUGGAAUCAUUCAUAGGGACCUGAAACCAAGUAACAUAGUGGUCAAGUCAGACUGCACACUUAAGAUCCUGGACUUUGGCUUGGCUAGGACAGCUGCCACAGGACUCCUCAUGACGCCCUAUGUGGUCACCCGCUACUACCGUGCCCCUGAAGUCAUCCUGGGCAUGGGCUACCAGGCUAACGUUGAUGUCUGGUCUGUUGGCUGCAUCAUGGCUGAAAUGGUCCGGGGUAGUGUGUUGUUUCCAGGCACUGAUCAUAUUGACCAGUGGAAUAAGGUGAUAGAACAGUUGGGGACGCCAUCUCAGGAGUUCCUGAUGAAACUCAACCAAUCGGUGAGGACCUACGUGGAGAACCGACCGCGGUACGCCGGCUACAGCUUCGAGAAGCUCUUCCCUGACGUUUUGUUUCCGGCAGACUCUGAACACAAUAAACUGAAAGCAAGUCAAGCCAGAGACCUGCUGUCAAAAAUGCUGGUCAUAGAUGCUUCAAAACGGAUUUCUGUGGAUGAGGCCCUCCAGCACUCAUAUAUCAACGUCUGGUAUGACCCCACUGAAGUGGAGGCGCCACCACCAGCGAUCACUGACAAGCAGCUGGAUGAGCGGGAGCACACGGUGGAGGAAUGGAAAGAGUUAAUAUAUAAAGAAGUCUUGGACUGGGAGGAAAGGACAAAAAAUGGUGUUAUCAGAGGACAGCCAGCAUCCAUAGGUGCAACAGUGAACAGUGACCCCCAGCAGCAGCACCAGCACCCCUCCUCCACGCACUCCCCCGCCCACGACGCCUCCACGUCCACGGACGCCGAAACAGGCGGAGUGCUGGGCCGCUGCAGGUGACCAUCAUGUAAAACACCUCCUCUUGCUCUUGCUCUUGACUGUCUUCAAAAGACAGAUCUUUUUUUUUUUUUAAGUUCAUUUGAGUAAACAAUCUCAAGGCAAGAGCUGAUUUUAUCGAUUUCACUACGGCAUGGUUUGUAAAAACCAGACUGUGAUGACCUAAAUGUGUUUUAAUGUGGAAAGCCUGUAAGCUACUGUUUUGACAAGCUGUCACAUCAACAUCCGGUGACAUUGUACAGUUUUGACACUAGAUCGUCGGUAGUUAAUUGGCACUCCCCUCGUCUGUCAUUCAAAAAUUAUUCAAGGCUGUAGACAUGUUGUUUCGAUGAAGUGGAACCUCCAAAGUCAAACGCAAUCAGGCCCACUGGACUGUUUGGCUUCCAAGUCGUCCUCCUUUCAAAACAACCCCCCCCCCCUAAAAAAAAUAUGUAAACAAAUUGUACUGGCCCUAGUGUAUAGACAAUCAUUAAAUAACGUUAACCACUAUAAUAUAACAAUGAUAAAGUAUAACUCCUUUCGUUCACCCUCAGGAAGGUGUUUCCAGAGCAAUAUUGUCAUUUAAUGGAUUUUUUGGAAGUAGAAAGUAAUGUGCACAUUUGCGUUUCAUAGAUUAUCAUUAUUAUUAUUAUAAUGGCGGAAGGACGGAACUACGUUGACAUGAGUUGUGGAGCUUCAUUUAGAUAAAAGUAAUGCUUUGCAGAUUCACACAAUUUGCGGCUGGCCUCUGUCUGUUCCUACACUGCAUUAAGAUCAUUUGAUUGGUAAGGUAUAAUUCAAUUUUAAUUACGUGUAUUGCUUAUUUUACCAAGCAGCCCCACUAUUUUUACGCACUCUACGCAAAAAGAAAAAGCUAAACACAUCCAUUGAGAUGCUCACUGAGUCAGUCUUACAAAGUUUGCUUACUUUACAGGUGCAUAUUCCCCGAUUGUUGUUCCAUUUUGGAGGUUUCCACUGUGUGUGUGGAUGGAGGGUGUGUACAUGGCUCUAGUGUGACAAUGGUCAAAGUGUUGCACGCAAGAAUGUUUCCGUUGACAGGUUUUCAGGAUUUAGAACGUGUGACGAUAUGUUUUUUUUUUUAUGUGAAAAUGGAGAGGGAAAACAAAAAUCCCAUCAUUAGUAACUUUUAAUACCGUUGUGUGUUCAUGAUGUCCCUUCAGACGGCUGCGGCUAAAAAGAAACCAAGAAAGUUGCAUGUUUAAACAGCAGCACAGACAAAAAAAUUAAGAAGAAAUGACACUCUUACUUUAUGCAAUAAUGUUGUCCUUUGAAGUGUUUGUACUCAAGAGAAAAGUGCCUGUUGUACUGUAACGAGUCAUUUGUGUUGUUUUGAAGGCAUCUGGACAGGUAACAGUAGUUUCCAUGGAGAACCACUAGUCUGUGAAAAAAAAAAAAAAUGCAUUUGUAUAUUUUUCUACUUUGUUUUCAUUUUGAACCUCUGGGGACACCGUAGGUGACAAUGUGUCUGAGGCAGGGCAGUGUCACCAAGGUCUUUCAUCAAAGUUUAACAAUCAGCUCCCUUUACUUUCUCCGUGAGACGACAUUGCUCUUAUGAUAUUAGUAGGGGGGAAAACGGAUGCUGGAAUAGUUUGCUUAGCUAAACAAGCGUGGAUCUUUUCAUGUGAGGCGUGUCCAUAUCUUUUAUGAUUUUAUAUUGUUCCUUUUUUUUUAUUUUGGAAAGGUGCAGAAAACAUGACAGAAAAAGAGUCUUUUCCUCUAGUGCGUACAUAGCUAGUUCCUGAAUGCUGCUUUGGCAACAUGGUCAGUUCUUUUAAAUAUGUCAAGAACUACUGUAUGAUGGCUCCUUAAAAAAAAAAAAAAAAAAGAAUACAAAUCUGAACUUUACUUUGGCUUGCACCAGCAAACUGUUUAAGGUUGGAGAGCAAGUUGAACAACUCUUGUGAUAUACAAUAACAGAUCACCAGCACGUCUCUAAAAUGUAUUUUUUUAAGAUAUCCUUACUAAGUUUUUCAUUUUUUUUAACACAAGUAGAAUAUGGUAAAAAAAAGUUCAUCAUAUUGAUAGUUCAAUUCAAAAAGUAAAUUUAUAAUUUUUGUAUACAUUAUAAAUGUGUUCGUUUUGCAGCUGCUAUCUAAAAAGAAAUGUUUAUGAAAGCACUUUUGGGUGUACAUCAGGCUACCAUGAAAAAAAAAAUAUAUAUAUAAAAAUAGACACACACACACACACACACACACACACACGUAUAUAAAUAAUUAAUUUGGAGAUGGGUCCCUUACAGAAAUAAACUAACCUACAUACACUGAUGCUGAAGUUAAGUCAAAAUUCCAGGACAUAUUUUUAUGAAAAAUCUAAACUAAUUCCAACCCCAAACAAUUGAAAUGGUGCAACCCAAAUUGAAGUCCAGAUGUUUGAAGUGUAAUCUGUGCUGUAAUGUGCUUUGCUUUAAGAUUUCUUCUCGAGCAAGGCAGGAAAGUUUUUUUUUUUUUUUUUUUUUUUUUUUUUGACUGUUAUUCUCCCUGAAAACAAAUCACUAUUAUUUUGAAAGUGCUCUUAAUUUUCCCCGCGCAGCUUUACAGUUGCAAUCCAAUCGGGUCUCCGGUCUCAGCUCUUUCCGAAUCACUUAUCUGUCUGCUUUGAUGAACUACCUCACGCUGAGUUUCUGCCACUUUUUGCGUCGUCGUCGCUCGCCUGCAUGACAAGACAUGUGAAUAACAAAUUCCAUUAUUAUUUAUUUAUUUGACUGAGGGGGAGGGAAAAAAAGGUGUACUGUGUCACAUUCAAAUGAUUUUGUACAUAAUGUAAAGUUCACCUACCAGUGAGAGGAGAGUCCUAUGUAUUUUCUUUGUUGUUGUUGUUUUCAAACUUAAAUGUGCAAUACCUUCAGCAAAGUGGGCUCUGUUAGCGUCGCCUGAAGGUACUCAAAAAGUGUUGGUACUGUCAAACCCCCCCGACCCCCCCCCCCCCUUUUUUUUUUAGUAUGAAUAAGAUCAAUUUGAAGUCUUCAGUCUUACCUGCUUGACAGAUUGUAGGCUGCGGAAAAAAGACCAACAAUGAUAAUAAUAAUAAUCAUAUCAUAUAUAUGUAUGGUGCUGGUUUGGACUUGUUUGUGAGUGACUCCAGCCAAGAAAGCAAAGUAGGCCCAAGAAUUCCCAAGGAGAUUAAAAAAAAAAACAAACAUGCACUGGGAUCUCCUGAUGCCUCCUCUCUAACUCAAUACAAUGGAAGAACAAAACAAUGUGUACUUCAAAUAAAAAGAAUACACUUUGA